UUGCACCCCUUCGUCUCAGGCACGGGCACAGCUGGAACGGGAUAAUAUGAUGCGCGUGAACCAACACGGAGUUGACUUGACGGCGGAAUGAAAAGUUUAUAGUAGCAUCAGCAAGCGACUAAGUAGUAGUUGUUUACUGUGGAUGCAGUGUGGAGUAUUAUGUAUUUUGCUCGCGCUCCAUUUAUCAACGAAUAUUAAUUCUUGCCAGGCUCAAGUGAAUCUAUGAAGAGUAGCUGUUCAAAAUAACAGAAUGGACAAAAUUGUACAAAGAGAAUUAAGUUUCGGGGAUUUUUGGCAAUCAACAGAAACAACUUGCAUUUGAUGGACUGCAGUACUGGAUUUGUUGUCUUCGAAUGAUUUAGCGAGAUGUAACACGCACAAUAAAGAAAUGAAUUUUCCGUCAGUGGACCCUUGCUACCAGGAUCCAGUCUCUGUGCAAUACAUCAAUGUUUCCUUAUAGACUGUACACUGUGGAUUACCAGAAAAGACUAAACAUUUGUGUGAUUGUUAUAGUUUUGCAGUUGCUCUGGAUUUUAAAGUGAUUUUGUAGGGUUGUAAAUGUACAGCCCUUGUAGCCUCACAGAAGAUGGUACUGAUUCUGCUGAGCUGGUGUAUUGAUUCUAGUGUGAACCAUCCUUCUAAGUGAACUGGCAAAAAAGACUGCAGUGGAGAUGCUGCUUGUGGUUUGUAAACCAGGACCAAGAGUUUGCUGAACUUCAUUCUACACUCCCAGUUCCCUCUACUCGUCUGCAGACCAAGAGUUUAAGUUAAGCUGCUAGAGAUCAGCACAGCUAAAACAGAUGUCAGCCAGUAGCAGCUCUUCUCCCCCCUCCUUGCAGAAAUUCUGUCCUCAUGGAUUACAGGCUGUUGUGCCACAAAUACCCUUUCCCUCCCCCAGCCCUCCAACUGCCCUGUACAGCCGUCUCUCAAACGGUAGUCUUGGUGCCCCCAGCCCUACCAAUUCACGGGGCUCCUUUCAUGGGGUCUCAUUUUUACUUCAAAUAGGAUUGACCAGGGAGACAGUAACCCUAGAGGCCCAGGAUAUGUCUCUUUCAGCUGUUAAAGACUUGGUAUGCUCAAUCGUAGAUCAGAAGUUUCCUGAAUGUGGUUUCUUUGGCAUGUAUGACAAAAUACUGCUUUUUCGUCAUGAUCUGAACUCUGAAAACAUCCUUCAACGACUAACAUCAGCAGAGGAGAUCCACGAAGGAGAUCUGGUUGAAGUUGUUCUUUCUGCACUGGCAACAGUAGAAGAUUUUCAGAUCCGUCCUCAUGCACUUUAUGUGCACUCUUAUAAAGCACCUACAUUCUGUGACUACUGUGGGGAGAUGCUGUGGGGACUUGUACGACAAGGGCUUAAAUGUGAAGGUUGUGGCUUAAAUUACCAUAAACGAUGUGCCUUUAAGAUACCAAAUAAUUGCAGUGGUGUGAGAAAAAGGCGUUUGUCAAAUGUCUCACUACCAGGUCCUAGUUUGUCGCUUCCAAGACCAAUUCAAGUAGAACAUGUCCCACCUGCCACUGAAGAGCGUCCUCUGCUAGAGCCAAGUAAAAGGAUACCUUCUUGGAGUGGUCGACCCAUAUGGAUGGAAAAAAUGGUACUCGGAAGGGUGAAAGUCCCUCACACGUUUGUUAUUCACUCGUAUACUCGUCCUACAAUUUGUCAGUACUGCAAACGCCUCCUCAAAGGGCUGUUUCGUCAGGGCAUGCAGUGUAAAGACUGCAAGUUUAACUGCCAUAAGCGAUGCGCUUCAAAAGUGCCCAGAGACUGUCUUGGUGAAGUGGUUUUCAAUGGAGAGCCUGUCAGUCCAGGUCCUGACUCAGACAUGCCUAUGGAAGUGGACAGUAUUGACCUGAACAGUGACUGCAGCAGGAGUUUAGAUGAUCCAGAAGAGCCCUCCACUCCAGAUGACAAAAUGUUUCUUCUUGACUCUUCAGAUUUGGAUGGAGACAGAGAUGAAGAAACCAUCAAGGCCAUUAGUCCUUCUACAAGCAAUAACAUCCCGCUGAUGCGAGUAGUACAGUCCAUCAAGCACACAAAGAGGAAGAGCAGCACUAUGGUGAAGGAAGGGUGGAUGGUUCACUACAGCAGCAGGGACAAUCUGAGAAAAAGACAUUAUUGGAGGCUUGACAGCAAGUGUCUUACACUGUUUCAGAAUGAAUCUGGGACCAAGUAUUAUAAGGAAAUUCCACUGUCUGAAAUCCUGCAGGUCGAUCCAGCUCGGGACUUCUCAAAUUUGGCACUGGGUGGCAACCCACACUGCUUUGAGAUAAUUACAGAUACAAUGGUGUACUAUGUUGGGGAGAACAACGGUGGGAAUUGCCCAAAUCCAGUGCUAAUAGCCUCUGGAGUUGGAUUGGAAGUAGCGCAAAGCUGGGAAAAAGCAAUUCGACAGGCCUUGAUGCCAGUUACCCCCCAAACGAGUAUCUGUGCUACCACAGGACAAGGGAAAGAUCACAAUGAGUUAUCUAUCAGCAUCUCCGUAUCAAACUGCCAGGUUCAGGAGAAUGUGGAUGUCAGUUCGGUCUACCAGAUCUUUGCUGAUGAGGUACUAGGAUCUGGGCAGUUUGGAAUUGUUUAUGGAGGUAAACAUAGGAAAACAGGAAGAGAUGUUGCAAUUAAAGUUAUUGAUAAGAUGAGAUUUCCUACUAAACAAGAAAGCCAGCUUCGCAAUGAAGUAGCUAUUUUGCAGAAUUUGCACCAUCCUGGUAUUGUGAACUUGGAAUGUAUGUUUGAAACUCCUGAGAGGGUGUUUGUUGUCAUGGAAAAGCUUCAAGGUGAUAUGCUCGAGAUGAUCCUGUCCAGUGAAAAGAGUCGACUUCCUGAGCGCAUUACAAAAUUUUUGGUCACACAGAUUCUAGUGGCUCUGAGACAUUUACAUUUUAAGAACAUUGUACACUGUGACCUUAAGCCAGAAAAUGUUCUGCUGGCCUCUGCGGAUCCUUUCCCUCAGGUUAAACUGUGUGAUUUUGGAUUUGCUCGUAUCAUUGGUGAAAAAUCUUUCAGGCGUUCUGUAGUAGGCACUCCAGCCUACUUGGCACCAGAGGUCCUCAGGAGUAAAGGUUACAACCGGUCCCUUGAUAUGUGGUCAGUAGGGGUCAUUAUAUAUGUCAGCCUCAGUGGCACGUUCCCAUUUAAUGAAGAUGAAGAAAUUAAUGAUCAAAUUCAGAAUGCAGCAUUCAUGUAUCCACCAAAUCCAUGGAGAGAGAUUUCUAGUGAAGCAAUUGACUUAAUAAACAACCUCCUGCAAGUAAAAAUGAGAAAGCGUUACAGUGUUGACAAAUCUCUUAGUCAUCCAUGGCUACAGGACUACCAAACUUGGCUUGAUCUUCGAGAAUUUGAGACCCGUGUUCAGGAACGUUAUAUUACCCAUGAGAGUGAUGAUGCACGUUGGGAAGAAUAUGCAGAUGAACACAACCUGUUGUACCCCAAACAUUUUAUCAUGGCACCUAACCUGGAUGACGUGGAAGAAGAUCCAUAACUGAGGAAGGGCUGUGCAUUUUUUUACCUUCAAGAAAUUACUUCACUCUGAUAUGAGCACUAUCUCUGAAAUGAAGUCACAGAUAGCUUCUGAAAUCUGUGUAGCAGCAUUUGCCCUUUGAGUCUUGUUCAGCUGGUUCAGUACAUGACACAUGGGAAGACAUGCUUGUAUAACCAGCGAGAUUUUGUAUGAUCAACAUGAAGCAUGUAAAUGGUGCUGGAAUCAUUGGUUACUGUUACUGAGUGUACUAAACAUGAACUUGAAUAAAUGGUCAGAACUUUAGCCUUUUGUAAUAUAUUACAAACCAAAUAUGGCUGCCAUGCUACCAUUUACAUACCCACUGCUGUCAAGUCAUAUGAACUGUAAUUUCGCAACGUGCAGUAUUACGAGUAGACACUCCUGUUUCUGUAAUGUGCAAAACAUGCACAGCAAGGGAAAGCCAUGCACAUUGACAUUGGUAAGGGCUUCAAUGUACCAAAUCAGUAAUGGAAAAAGAAAUGCAAGGAAGACCAGCAACAGUUCAGAUAUUGGCUGUUUGCUUCCAGGUGUGUGUUUACUCCUUUCCCCCAAAGCACAGAGGCUGCUAAAGGAGUCCUAGGAUUUCUGACUGCAAAUAUGAACUGCAUCUUUCUGGUUCCGGACUGGUUCAUGUUCCAGUCAGUGCGGCCUAUUUUAUGGACAGACACUGAAUCAUUUUACACAUUUAAUACACAAUUCUAAAACUGACAAUCAAGACUGUGGUAGCGUUUUGAACUGAAACCACCUUUUGUUACUUACAGAUUAACUGGAACUUAUUUUUUUACCUUUGUGUAUGAGAUUUUUUAAAGGUAAAAAACAGGAAUUAUUAUUUGCACUUGUUUUUGUUCUUGAAUUACGGAAAGGGCUUGUCAGUGGUAUUUUAGAAGCAGGUUGCAGGUAUGUAGGAAAUCUGAAUAAACUAAUAGCAACUCA